GUCGCUGAAUUGUUCACUCGCACGCGAGAAUCCCGGCCACGCGAGAGUCGCGCGGGAAGCGUAUCCGUUGCGCGAAAUCGCGAGCGUCAUCUCCGCUUUCCGCAGCCACGGAGGAUCGAAUCGGGGUCGGUACUCCCCCUCCCCCCUCCACCCUCUUCUCCAAUAUAUUUCCCAAAAGGGUGGCCGAUCCCGUUGUACGCGAAACUCGCGCGACGUAACGCGAACGGGGGUGGUCACGCUGAGCGUGACAGUUUCUAAUUCCUCCUCGGCGGUUUCCGACCUUGGGCGAAGAAUCGCAAGCAGGGAGAGAGAGCAUCGCGAAAGAACCGUAUCGCGUUGGCAACGUGGAGGUCCUUUUGAAUCGGUCGAGGAAUUCAAGAAAGAGAACGACAUCGGAAGCUUGACUUUCAAGACCGAGGAGGAGGUGUGUCGAGAAGUAGGAUAAGGACGGAGAAGAGUGUGACGUUCGCACGAAGACAGAUUCGCGAAGGUCGAACGCGCACGUAACGCAGGAUCGCGAAGUCAAAGAGAGAGAGAAUAAGAAAGAGAGAGAGAGAGAGAGUUCGAUUAGUCGGACGACGAGGUCAAUCGGAGAACGAUGGCAGUGAGCGCUUUCUCGACGGCAUUGCCUACCACCGAUUUUGCCACUACGUGUCCCACUACACCCGCGCUCUGGACCGAGGCGUCGCUUCCGCCCGAAGACGAGGAUGAGAACGUCCUGCACAUUGGCGGUAUCUUCCCCAUCGGCGGUGAGGGCGGCUGGCAAGGCGGCCAGGCUUGCAUGCCAGCUGCGCACCUGGCCUUAGAAGACGUUAAUCGCGAAAAGAACUUGUUACGCGGAUAUAGACUGCACCUUCAUUCCAACGAUAGCGAGUGCGAACCCGGUCUUGGCGCAUCCGUGAUGUACAACUUACUGUACUUUCCACCCUAUAAAUUAAUGCUGUUAGCCGGUUGCAGCACGGUCUGUACUACGGUCGCUGAGGCAGCCAAGAUGUGGAAUUUAGUAGUGCUUUGUUACGGUGCGUCGUCGCCAGCGUUGUCCGACCGAAAUCGAUUCCCGACCCUCUUCAGGACACAUCCUUCCGCCACCGUACACAAUCCCACGAGAAUCAAAUUGUUGCAAAAGUUUGGCUGGUCUCGAGUAGCGAUAUUACAGCAAGCCGAAGAAGUGUUCAUAUCGACCGUCGAAGAUCUAGAAGCUCGGUGUAAAGAAGCUGGGAUAGAGAUAGUCACCCGUCAGAGUUUCUUGUCAGAUCCGACGGAUGCGGUGAAGAAUUUACGUCGUCAAGACGCGCGGAUAGUAGUCGGAUUGUUCUACGUGGUCGCCGCGAGGCGAGUACUAUGCGAGCUCUAUCAUCAGAAGUUGUACGGCAAGACAUACGUGUGGUUCUUUAUUGGCUGGUACGAGGACGACUGGUUCGAGAUCAAUCUGGAGAAAGAGGGUAUCACCUGCACGAGGGAGCAGAUGCGUCAGGCAGCGGAGGGGCAUCUGACCACCGAGGCGCUCAUGUGGAAUCAGAACAACGACACGACAAUCAGUGGUAUGACGGCCGAGGACUUCCGAAAGAGAUUGAACAAACAGUUGAAGGAUGAGGGUUACGAUAUAGACAACAAUCGAUAUCCGGAAGGAUACCAGGAGGCGCCCCUUGCCUAUGACGCGGUCUGGUCCGUUGCAUUAGCAUUUAAUAGAACCAUGGAAAGACUAAACAAAAUGGGAAAGAGCUUGAAGAACUUUACUUAUGAUAACAAAGAGAUUGCCGAUGAGAUAUACGCGGCGGUAAACUCGACCCAGUUUCUCGGUGUUUCCGGAUACGUCGCUUUCAGCUCGCAGGGCGACAGAAUCGCUCUGACGCAGAUCGAGCAAGUGAUCGACGGAAAGUACGUCAAGUUAGGAUACUAUGAUACACAAAGCGACAAUCUGACAUGGCGAAACGUAGAGCGAUGGAUCGGCGGGAAGGUGCCGCAAGACAGAACGAUAAUAAGAACCGUUUUGAGAACGGUGUCACUGCCCUUAUUCAUAAGUAUGGCGACCUUGUCGGCGCUCGGUAUCGCGAUAGCCAUCGGAUUGAUCGUGUUUAACGUCUAUAAUAGACACCGGAGAGUUAUACAUUCGUCUCAUCCCACCGCCAACACGAUAAUGCUAAUGGGAAUAAUAGGCUGCUUCUUGGCCGUGUUGUGCAUAGGGAUUGACGGUAGGUUCGUGACGCCUUGGCAGUUUUUGAUAAUUUGUCAAGCUAGAGCGUGGACGAUGUCAAUUGGCUUCACUCUUGCAUUCGGCGCCAUGUUUAGUAAAGUUUGGAGGGUCCAUCGACUCUCUACAAAGGCUAAAGCUGAUCAGGGAAAAUCAUUGACGGCUAAACAAAAAGUUUCGUCUAUACAGAAGAAGAUUGAGCCGUGGAAGCUGUACGUUAUGCUGAGCGGAUUGCUGUCAGUGGAUAUCAUCCUCCUCGUCACUUGGCAGAUGGUUGAUCCGUUACAUAGAAGAAUCGAGACCUUUUUACUGGAGUUGCCUCCUUAUGGAGACGAGGAUGCAAUGAUCAAGCCUGAAUUGGAACACUGCGAGAGCGAGCACAAUAGUUUGUGGCUCGGCUUGAUUUACGGCUACAAAGGCAUUGUUUUAGCUUUCGGACUCUUUCUGUCUUACGAGACGAGAAGCAUCAAAAUCAAACUGAUCAACGAUUCUAGAUACGUGGGCAUGUCAAUAUAUAAUAUCGUAGUUCUAUGUCUCAUAACGGUACCCGUGGUAAUGGUCAUCUCUAGUCAGCAGGACGCGAGUUACGCCUUCUCGGCGCUAGCUACUAUCUUUUGUUGCUUCCUCAGCAUGGCGCUCAUCUUUGUGCCGAAGGUGAUCGAGGUGAUUAGGCAUCCUAAAGACAAGUCUGAGUCAAGAUAUAAUCCGGACGGCGCGGUGUCCAAGGAGGAUGAAGAAAAGUAUCAGAAACUACUCAACGAAAACGAUGAGCUUCAAAAACUUAUCGCCGCAAAGGAGGAAAAAAUUCAAGCCAUCAAGCAGAAGCUAGCCGAACGCGAUGCCCUGAAGGGAACCGGCACAACGAGUCGUUGCAGGCAAGGUCAACCCAAACAAUCCUUCAUCGUUACCGACUAUCCGACUGGCGAGGGAACAUCGGACAGUGCUAUCGGCACGCAGCACGUCGCCGAAAUGUAUGAACUGCACCGACUAUGAUGCCAAAGCAAUACACACACAAAUGAGCGCUACGCUUGCGACAAAACUCUCUUCUAAAACUAGUAUUAAACCUACGUGCACGGUCAAUAUGCGAAUUAUAUAUAUAUACAUGAAAAAUGAAUCUCGGAUAAAAAGAAACCGCCAAAAGCCAAGGAUGCGCGAGAUGUGAUUUCGCGACGAUGAAAAACGAUUGUCACGUACCUAAAGUGUAAGUUAGUUUAUAGCGCGUGUGGAAUUGUUUUAUAUGUUUCGAUACGGUAUAAAUACACGAUUCGAUUGCGCCUUAGAGAAAAAAAGUCGAGA